AUGACGUCGCCCUCAAGUGAACGUAUCAUCAUAGCUGACACUGGUGAUGUCAUUUUCACGUUACGAAAUCAAGGUGCACCACUUGCUGUCUGGGAUCAGGCUGUCGAAGAGAACAGUGAGACCAAAGAUCCAGAAGAUGAGCAUGAAGACGAGCCAUUGAACGAUGCGGCUCCCGAUAUACCUGCAGACGACCUAAACCAAUCUGUACCAAGGCAAGCCGCUCUGCCGGAUGUUGUCUACCAGGUCUCAUCACAGCACCUGACCUUCGCGCCGUUCAAACAACACAACACGUUGCCACAUAUCUUAUCAUAUUUUUGGCUCGACGCAAACCAUCCCUACACGGUACUACGUAUGGGUUGCAUGAUGUCUUCGUCUUCUGGCAUAGUGCUUCGUCCUAGCAUGGCGGCGGGCUCAAACACCAUUGUCGUCAAAGCCGGUCCGGACGGCAAGGAGUACAACCUACACACCGGCCUUCUCAUACACCACUCAGGCUACUUUUGCGGAGCACUUUCUGGCGCAUUCAGAGGAACCGAUGACGGCGUGGUUCCACUCCUCGACGUUGACACCGAUGCCUUUGAUGUGUUUGUUGGUUGGGCGUACCAGGGCACUUUGAGGGAAGACUUGGAAUACAUCUGA